AAAGCAGGUAAAUGCCGGGCCUGCUGAAUGAAGGCGAGCAGAAGCACGUCGCCAUCAGAGGUUCUGUCUAACUCAUGAUGCCGUCGUCCACGCGGAAGGCAGGAGUGAAAGACCCGGAUGUGGCCAGCCUCUUUUUCAAAGAUGACCCGGAAGAAGUCUUCUGCGAUCUACACGAGAUCGGCCAUGGGAGUUUCGGAGCAGUGUACUUUGCCCGAAACUCCUAUUCCCACGAGGUGGUGGCCAUUAAGAAGAUGUCCUACAAUGGCAAGCAGACCACUGAGAAGUGGCAGGACAUCAUUAAAGAGGUGAAGUUUUUGGAACAGCUACGACACCCAAACACCAUUGAAUACAAGGGCUGCUACUUGAAGGACAACACAGCAUGGCUUGUGAUGGAGUAUUGUCUCGGCUCCGCUUCAGACUUGUUAGAGGUUCACAAGAAACCCCUCCAAGAGGUUGAAAUUGCUGCCAUUACCCACGGUGCCUUGCUAGGACUGGCUUACCUACAUUCCCAUAACAUGAUACACAGAGAUGUGAAGGCUGGUAAUAUCCUGCUGACAGAGCCGGGUCAGGUCAAGCUGGCUGAUUUUGGCUCCGCUUCCAUUGCAUCUCCUGCCAACUCCUUUGUGGGAACCCCAUAUUGGAUGGCCCCAGAAGUGAUUUUAGCCAUGGAUGAGGGUCAGUAUGAGGGGAAGGUGGACGUCUGGUCUUUGGGGAUCACUUGCAUAGAGCUGGCUGAACGCAAGCCUCCCCUCUUCAACAUGAACGCUAUGAGUGCCUUAUACCACAUCGCCCAAAACGACUCUCCCUCCUUACAGUCCAAUGAGUGGUCGGAUGCAUUCCGGAGUUUCGUUGACUACUGCCUACUAAAGAUUCCUCAGGACAGACCCUCCUCAGCAGAGCUCCUGCGGCAUGAUUUCGUGAGGAGAGAUCGUCCUCCACAGGUCCUCAUCGAUCUGAUCCAGAGGACGAAGGAUGCAGUCAGAGAACUGGACAACCUGCAGUACCGUAAAAUGAAAAAAAUCCUCUACCAAGAGAAACACAACGGCCCAAUGGGGGAGUCUCAGGAAGAGGAGGAGGAUGGAGAGCAGGCAAGCUGUAAGAUGAACAGUUUGGGCAGUAAUCACUCCAUCCCCAGCACGUCCGUGAGCACGGGCAGUCAGAGCAGCAGUGUUAACAGCCUGCAGGAGGUGCCCGACGACUCCUGCUCCGAGCUGCACCACGACUACGACAGCACCCUCGAGUCUUCCACGCACCACAAAAAGGAUCAUCAGUAUAUCCGUGAUGACAUUCCUCAUCGGGACCACCGGUCGGACCUGCGACCGUCCUCGUCGGAAAGAGCUCAGGCUCACAACUAUAAAAACCGCGAACGCUUCGCCACCAUCAAGUCAGCAUCACUGGUAACGCGUCAGAUACACGAACAUGAGCAGGAAAAUGAGCUCCGAGAGCAGAUGUCGGGGUACAAACGCAUGCGACGGCAACACCAGAAGCAGCUGAUCGCUCUGGAGAACAAGCUGAAGGCAGAGAUGGACGAGCACAGACUGAAGCUCCAGAAAGAACUGGAAACCCACGCCAACAAUGCCUUCAUUGAGCUGGAGAAACUCGCCAAGAAGCACGCCAUCCAAACGGACAAAGAAAUGAAAACACUGGCAGCUGAUGAGAAGAAGUUCCAGCAGCAAAUCAUGGCCCAACAGAAGAAAGAGCUCACCACCUUCCUUGAUAAUCAGAAGAAACAGUACAAGCUGUGCAAGGAGAAGAUCAAAGAGGAAAUGAGUGAAGACCACAGUACGCCUAAGAAAGAGAAACAGGAGAGGCUGUCCAAGCACAAGGAGAACAUCCAGCACUCUCAGGCUGAAGAAGAGGCUCAGCUCCUGGGUCAGCAGAGGGCUUUCUACGACAGGAACUGUAGGGCCUUCAAACGCAAGAUCAUGGUCAAGAGGCACGAGUUUGAGCAAGAGCAGUUACGAGAGGAGUUGAAUAAGAAGAAGACCCAGAAGGAAAUGGAGCACGCUAUGUUGAUUAGACAAGACGAGUCGACUCAAGAACUUGAACACAGGCAGCUGAAGACGCUACAGAAACUUCGCAUGGAUCUGAUCCGACUGCAGCACCAAACAGAGCUGGAGAACCAGAUCGAAUACAACAACCGUAGAGAGAGAGAACUGCACAGGAAACAUGUGCUCGAACUACGGCAGCAGCCCAAGAACCUCAAGGCUAUGGAGCUCCAGAUAAAGAAACAGUUCCAGGAUACGUGUAAAGUCCAGACGAAACAGUACAAGGCCCUGCGGCACCAUCAGCUAGAGGUGACCCCCAAAAGUGAGCACAAGACGGUCCUGAAAGCCCUGAAGGAUGAGCAGACGCGCAAACUGGCCAUUCUGGCCGAGCAGUACGAGCAGAGCAUCAACGAGAUGAUGGCAUCACAGGCACUUCGUCUGGAUGAGGCUCAGGAGGCCGAGUGCCAGGCACUGAGGCAGCAGCUGCAGCAGGAGAUGGAGUUACUCAAUGCGUACCAGAGCAAGAUCAAGAUUCAGACCGAGGCCCAGCACGAGCGCGAGCUGCAGAAACUGGAGCAGAAAGUCUCACUGCGCCGAGCGCACCUUGAACAGAAGAUUGAGGAGGAGCUGGCUUCUCUUCAGAAAGAGCGCACUGACCGAAUCAAACACCUGCUGGACCGCCAGGAGAGAGAAAUCGACGCCUUCGACAUGGAGAGCCUUCGUAUGGGUUUCAAUAACUUGGGUGCUUUGGACUACCCUAAAGAUGACUACAGAUGAGACCGUAACACUCCACCGUCCUCGCUCUUUCCUGGUCACACACCUUUUUUCUUUUGCCGUUUUUGCUACUGACAGUCCGAUCAAUCCUCUGGGCUGGUGCCUGCAC